UGCAGCGUUUCACACGGAGCCUUUAAAGCGCAGCACGCUCUGUGGACAGAACUUUACGCGGUGGAUUUUUGAAUGAAGGAUUAAAAAUUGUUUAAAUAGGACCCGAAGAAGUUCUUGAGGACUCUAAACGAAAAAGACGCUAAGAGACGAAGAUAUCAGCAAGUGCAAGGAUGACCCACCUACUCAGCCUCAUUUGAGGACAUUUCCAGGGACAUUAAUAGGAGACAGAAGACGCAGCUUUCACCCUAGCUGGUAUGAAAGUCAUCCCUGGGUCGAAUAUUCGGUUUCAAUGGACUCUGCUUAUUGUCAUGCAUGCAGACAUUUUAGCCCACCAAGUAGCGCAGGAAGUGUGUUUGACUCUCAGUGUGGAUUUAGGAACUGGAAAAAAGCAACUGAGAGAGGAGGGGGGUUUUCAGUACAUGCAAAGUCUGAAAGGCAUAAGGACUCAAUGAUAGCGUGGAGGGACUACCAGAGGGCUGUGAAAGCUAAUACAACAUUGGCUAAUAUACUCGACAAGGAACACAGUAAAAAGGUUAAAGAAAAUCGUGAGUAUAUCAGAACAAUUGGUGAAGUGAUUUUGCAAACAGCCCGGCAAAACAUAGCACAGAGAGGACACAAUGAGUCUGAGGAAUCAAAUAACAAAGGCAACUUCAGGGAAAUUCUUGAAAUGGUUGCAAAUCAUGAUCCAGCUGUUAAACGUAGACUCACAUGAUCACAUCCAUUCACAACGCAAAAUACACAAGCAAUGUCAUUCAAAAUGAGGUUCUUGAUUGUUUGGCAGAAAUGGUACGCUCUGAAAUCAUUGAAGAAGUGAAAAGCAGUCAGUAUUUCAGCAUUAUGGCAGGCAGAUGAGACUAAAGAUGUUUCAAAACAGGAGCAGAUAUCAUUCAUACUCAGGUACUAUUAUGAUGGAGCUAUCAAGGAAAGUUUUCUCCAUUUUGAAUCUGCAGAAAGACUAGAUGCAGUGGGCCUUACUGAAAAGAUAGUCAACCUAUUGGAACACCAUGGGUUAGACUACAAAAACAACCUUAUAGGCCAAGCAUAUGACGGUGCUGCUGUAAUGAGUGGUAAGCAUUCUGGGGUCCAGGCUAAAAUUAAAGAGACAGCUCCAUUUGCAUUUUACAACCAUUGCAGUGCCCACUGUCUCAUUUUAGUAUUAGUUGAUUUUAUCAAAGCAGUCCCAGAAGCAGCGGAAUUUUUUGCUCUGUUACAGAGUCUCUAUGUUUUUACUUCUGGCUCAUAUGUACACCCCAAAUGGCUGGCUGUGCAAAAUGAGAUGUAUGGCAGCACAAGAGAGCUACAAAAAUUAAGUGACACAAGAUGGGCUUGCCGAUUCAUUGCUCUACGCUACAUAAUGGACAGAUUACCUGCCCUAAAACGUGUCCUGCAAGAGACUGCACAAGAGCGCAGGGGAGAAAAAUCUUCUGAGGCUCGAGGUCUUCUGGCACAGAUUGACCUAGAAUUUGUUGUGCAUCUUGUUACGCUCCGUACAUUGUUCGGAGAAACAGAGCUUCUUUCAGAUAUGCUGCAGUCCUCAACUGUUGACCUCUCAAAAGCAGCCGAUUUAGUUGAAGGAUUGGUGCAGACAUUAACAGAUUUCAGGCAGGAGUCCUUUUUUGACAAGUUGUGGGGGGAAGUACUGAACAUUUGUGAACAGUGUGAUGCUGCCACACAGUCGGAAGCAAAACGACAGAUAAAGACAAGCUCCAGACUUCGUGAGUACCACAUACUAAGCUCAAUUGGUCAGAGGGAGCUGGCCUCUGACAAAGAAACUUAUCGGUUUUCUUUUUUUUAUCCUGUCAUUGACUGCAUGCUAAGUGAACUGAGCAGACGUUUUUCAAAGACCAGUUGUGAGCUGAUGAGCAGUAUUCGAUCUCUUAACCCUAAAAGUGAUGCUUUUUUGAAAGACACCACUUUGUUUGAGUUUGGUCAUCUUUUUGAUGCUAAUAUUGAGGAUCUGGGGCAUGAACUGCAUCAGUUCAAGAGACUUUUGGAUAGAAAAAUAAAGACUGGUGUGGUUGAAAAGCUUUCUGAUACAGUGGAGUUGAUCCGUUUCACAGAGCCAUACAAGGAGGUAUUUUACGAGUUCUUUAGACUGUGCAAAAUCGCAGUUGCACUCCCAGUAAGUUCUGCCUCUUGUGAGCGGAGUUUUUCAACAUUAAAGUUAGUAAAAACCUACCUCCGGUCUACCACUACAGAUGAGUGCCUUAGCAAUCUAGGGGUGCUAAGCAUUGAAUCCAGAAGGGCCAAGGCUCUGAACCUUGAAGCAUUUGUAGACCGUUUUGCAAGACAGCACAAACGUAGAAUACUGUUAUUGUAAUGGGACAGAUUACUGUGUCACAUCUUGAUGAUGAUUUAUGCUGUAAAACUAAAUCAGCACAAACUUACACAAAAGAAGUGUGUGUGUGUGUGUGUGUGUGUGUGUGUGUGUGUGUGUGUGUGUGUGUGUGUGUGUGUGUGUGUGUGUGUGUGUGUGUGUGAGUGAGUGAGUGAAUGUUUAUUUUUCAUAUGUACAGUUCAUGUGCAGAUAUUUUACUUGUUUGAAUGUUUAUUUUUCAUAUGUACAGUUCAUAUAAUCUUCUAAUAAAGUCACAAACUAUAAUAAUUGACUAGAAUUGUUUUUUUUACUCAAGUCUCAUGUUACUGUGAAGCAUUCAGAAUUGUUAUCUGAGUACCAUAAAAACAUGCCAGUUUUACUUUCACAAGUAAACCAUUACUGCAUUUGCCGUAAUAGUUUACUUGUUCAUUAUCUAUUAUUAUGAUUUUUUUUUCUUGUGCCCCCAUGAAAAAAUACUGGCCCCACUGUGGCCCCCCUGGAAAAUUUGGUCUAGAACCGCCCCUGCUUCAAACACUUCAAAAACCAUGGUCAGAAUAGCAUUAAACUUGGUCUGUCUCAUCACACCACCAGUGUGGUAAUGAUAGAGUAUCCCCUAGUGGUGAGAUGUGAAAUUUAAUGGUGGGCUCAGAGGAGAUGCUGAGUCAGGGUGAGGUGCAGAUGAGGAGACUGUUUGCGGUUUCUGGUGUAGGAGUGGUUAACGUUUCUGUUCCGCGGAUGUGCCUGGGUUCCCCGGGCUGCCGGCCAGGCUGGAGCGGCGCGGAGCUGCGAGGGCCGAACGACGCUGCUUGCAGCUUUAAUUUAUUAUUAUGUUUACUAUAGAAACCCCUUCCUCCCACAUAAAACAGAAUAAUUAAUUAGGAUGUGGAAAAUCCUUAAUAACUACCUAGUCUCACAUUUUAAAGAUUGUGUAUUACAAUUAUUAGCUUGCAUGUAAUUUUAUUGACAAUAAAAGUAACAAUUAUAUUGUUAUGACCUUAUUUUACUUUAACUCCUAACUAUGACUUUUUUCACAAUAAUCAUUUGAAAGAAAUCAAUCUGAAGUAUUGUCUCAUUAAUGUGCUUUUUUAAUUAAUCAACAAUAGUGCAGUUAUUACACUCAACAAAAAUGUAAACGCAACACCUUUGUUUCUGCUCCGAUUUUUCAUGAGAAUGACUUAAAGAUCUAAAAUUCAUUCCAGAUACACAAUAUUACCAUUUUUCUCAAACAUUGUUCACAAAUCAGUCUAAAUGUGUGAUAGUGAGCACUUCUGCUUUGCUGAGAUAAUCCAUCCCACCUCACAGGUGUGCCACAUCAAGAUACUGAUCUGACAUCAUGAGUGGUGCACAGGUGUACCUUAUACUGCCCACAAUAAAAGGCCAGCCUGCAAUGUGCAGUUUUGUCUCACAGCAAAAGGCCACAGAGGCCGCAGGCAUUGAGGGAG